AUGUCAUCUAGCCUGCAGCAGCUCCAAAGCCAACAACUCAGAGCUGUCAGUCUCGAGUAUUCGCAGCAGCACGCUCACGCUCACGCCCACGCCCACGCUCUCGACUCGCCCGGCGCCCAUUCUCAUAUAACCACUUCCUCAGCGUCCCACCAACCCUUCUCCUCCGGAACCCCAAAUGACGGUAUGCGGUCCAACAGCGCGAACCACAGCGUCGUCGAUGCUUCUCACUUUGCCGACGACUUUUCUUUCCCUCCGAACCCGCUGGACGACCAAAGCGCAAUGAUGUUCCUCGGCGAACCAGAUCACGCUGCCGACAUGUUCCCGACCUCGCAUCGCCCCUCCGUCUCUUCCAUCGGUGGCCGCCAGAACUCAAUAACAGUCAUGCCUAUCGGUUUUGCGCAGGCCAUGAACCAGCGCCGCCACAGCAUUAUUACCUCGGAAGAUGGCAGCCAGGACAGCGGCCACGCCGAGCACAAUCCACUCGAGGAUGCCGGUGCCGAUGAGUUUGGUCUACCUACGCAAAUCGCCGGUAACGGUUCCGAUCUAGGCGGGAAAUCCAAGGACGACAAGACAGAUCAGACGCCCGCAUGGAGCGAGUUGAAGACCAAGGCCGGCAAAGAACGAAAGCGACUUCCUCUAGCGUGCAUCGCAUGCCGACGUAAAAAGAUUCGAUGUUCGGGAGAAAAACCGGCGUGCAAGCAUUGCCUUCGAUCUCGGAUUCCCUGCGUGUACAAGGUGACAACGAGAAAAGCCGCGCCAAGGACCGAUUAUAUGGCCAUGUUGGACAAGCGACUCAAGCGCAUGGAGGAGCGCAUCAUCAAAAUUGUGCCCAAGAACGAACAAGACUCCAAUGCGGUGUCGCUGACCCGCGCCGUGGUUAAACCGGCAAUUCCGGGAUCCCUCCCCGCGGCUAAGGCCAACUCCAAGAAGCGAGUUGCCGACGAAGCAUUCGGCCAGGAUCUCGACCACUGGGCAAAAGCGCCGGCCAAGACGAGAAUUGAUACGCCAAAUAAGAACUUGUCCUUGCAAGCGCAGGAAGCGGAGGAGAACAAGCUCUUCCUGGAGGGGCUCGAUGCACUUCCGUCCAAAGAAAUCCAGGAACAUUUAGCCGAGGUAUUUUUCGAGAACAUUUACGGUCAAGCAUACCACCUACUCCACAAGCCCAGUUACAUGAGAAAACUCAGCCACCCGAAACUCAACAACGCAUCACCAAACUUUCUGCGUGGAGAGGAGUGGGCGUCGCAUGCCCGGGAUAUCUGCACCAGGCGAUAUGAGUGGCCCAACAUCACGAUUCUAACAUGUCUGCUUAUCCUCGGCCUCCACGAAUUUGGUACAUGCCAUGGCGGUAGGAGCUGGGCUCUAGGAGGCCAAGCAAUUCGUAUGGCGUUUGCUCUACAACUUCACAAGGACUUGGAUCACGAUCCCCUGAACCGCAGCGGAGCAUCUCAGCUGAGUUUCAUUGACCGUGAGAUCCGGCGCCGGACGAUGUGGGCAUGCUUCCUCAUGGACCGGUUCAACUCCUCCGGUACCGAACGGCCUACGUUUGUGAGGGAAGAGACGAUUGAAAUUCCUCUACCGAUCAAGGAAAAAUAUUUCCAGCUCGAUAUGCCGGCACCGACGGAAACCCUCAAAGGCAAGGUCCCCCAUCCCGUGUCUGCGGAGGAUGGCCAAAUGGCCGACGCCAAAGAUAACAUGGGCGUUGCCGCUCAUAUGAUCAAGACCAUCUCUCUAUGGGGUAGAGUCAUCAACUAUUUGAACCAAGGAGGAAAGGAGCUCGACCCCCAUCCUAUCUGGAGCCCCGAAUCCGAAUACACCAAAUUGCUGCAGCAGUCCGAAGAUUUGCUCGAUAACCUUCCAGAAUUCCUCCGCUACUCACCCGAGAAUGUCGCGCUCCACGACACGGAAAAGAUGGCGAAUCAAUUCUUGUUCCUCCACAUCGCGAUGCAGCAAAACGUUCUGUUUCUCAACCGAGUUGCCGUUUCAACGCCAAACAGCCCCGCUGCGCAAGGCGUUCCUCGGGAGUUUGUCGCCAAGGCAGGUGACAAGACUUUUGCAGCCGCCAACAAGAUUUCCGAGGUUCUCAAAGACGCCGAGUCUCACAUGGUGACUGCCCCCUUUGUCGGCUAUUGCGCCUUUUCGUCUGGGACGAUCCACAUACUCGGCAUCUUCUCUGGCAAUCCUGCCAUUGAGGCAGCAUCGAAACGAAACCUGGCGACAAAUGUCAAGUUUCUUUCAAAGAUGAAGAGGUAUUGGGGUAUGUUCCACUACAUGUCUGAGAACCUCCGCGAGCAAUAUCGGACAUACGCAGAUGCCGCCAGACAAGGCAAUUCGACAAAGGAGACGUCAACGGCUUCUCCCAUCUUCCAGUACGGCGACUGGUUCGACCGAUACCCCCACGGCGUUUCACAAUCCGACUUUUCCGACCCGGCAUCUACGAAGAAGAAGGAGAAGGGCGACGACGCCGUGUUAGAGCAGAAGCCAGAACUGCACACCGUCGAGGAAUACUUUACGAGUUUGUCGCCACCUCGUAGCACAGAAGGCAAUUCGUCCAGACCCAACCCGCUCAAGCGGAAAUCUUUUGUCGGAAAGAAACUCGGCACUCCGGGCAUGAGAGCAGAUGGAAGCCAGCUGGAACCACUUUCCACCGAGAACGUUGCUGCCACGGCGCAAGAGCAACUGAGCGCCCGCAUGCAACAACAGAGAGGCAUACAGCAGGGCUCGCUCGGCGGCCAGACCAGCGGGCCGACGAGCUUCAACCCCCUCACCGUGCCGCAUUCGCAAGGCUCCAACUACCACGCCCUAUCUCCCAUCAGCCCCAUCGCCGUUAGCCAGUAUGGGCACCACCACCCGGGCACACCGUCAUUCUUCUCUCCCGACCUGCUCAACAUGUCGAUGAAUCAACAAAACGGCAUCUUGCAGCCUCUGGACCGGCAGCUCGUGUUUGGCGGGUACUCCAUGGAACAGGGCAACAUGAGCCACUUUGACGGCAUCGACUGGGACGGCAUGCCGAGUAGCGCCCACAGCGCACCGGGAGCGCACAGAGACGGCGCCCGCUCGCGUCCCUCGCGCGGCGGUCCCAAUGGCAUGGGCGGGCCCGGCCACGGACACGGGGAGGGCAUGGGGUUCGGAGGCCAGGAGGCGUCGACGGCGUGGUUCAUGCCGUUUAACAUGGAGCCGCCCGAGAUCGGGCAGGACAUGGGUAUGAACAUUGACGGGUUCGGCAACAUGUUUGGCAGCGGGUUGCAUCACGGAGCACGAUGA